AUGGCACAGAACUCAGCGGAGGCAUACCCUCCAGUGGAACGGCACCCUGAGACGGGCAUCAGCGUUCUUGUCGUCGGUGCUGGAGUCGGCGGACUCUGUGCAGCUCUCGAAUGCUGGCGCAAGGGUCACAAAGUGCGCAUUGUUGACAGGACUAGCAAGCCAGACACCGGUGGGGACUUCUUCUCGAUCAGUCCGGCUGCAACUAAAGCCUUCCGGCACUGGCCCGAAAUGAAUGCCAAGCACCUAGCUGCGGCACGACAGCCAUACAACGCAAACUACCUACUCACCGGCGAGCAGACACGCAAACACAUGCCGUUCAUGGUGGACACGACGGACGAGAAUGGCAAAGCGGUGACUACCGUCUUGACGCAAUACAGGCACUCUCGGCCCAAGCUCCACGGGAUCCUGAUCGAGCAGCUGGCCGCUAUUGGCAUCGAAGUCGAGUUCAACCACAAGGCCAUCAAGUACGAAGAAACGGCCGACAAAGGCAUCGUUAGAUCUGAGGACGGGGUCAUCCUCGAGGGCGAUGUGGUCAUUGCCGCGGACGGGCUGGGAACAGCGUCAUACGAGCUGGUCCUGGGUCACAAACUACGGGCGCGAAGCAGCGGCUAUGCCAUUUACCGCACGGCGUUCCCUGCAGAGGUCGUUACUAGGGAUCCUCAGCUCUCACAGCACUAUCGUCUCCUUGACAUCCCCAAAAGCACCCCUAUUGAUAUCUGGCUUGGUCCUCACAUUCAGGUCUUCACUCAACUUACUGAAGACAUAUUUUCGUGGUCGAUGGUCCACAAGGACGAUGGCAAAGCCCAGGAAACAUGGCACUCGACGUCCCACACCUGCGAACCGGCCGAUGCUAUCAAACACAUCGAGGAUGCCCAGGGCUUCUGCCCCGAGAUCCUCAAGAAGACAAUGCUUGCCACUCCAAAGGACAAGCUGCUCGAUUGGAAAAUCAUGUGGCGUGAUUCUCAGCCCAACUGGGUCUCGCCUCAAGGACGCGUUAUCCAACUAGGCGAUGCGGCUCAUACAUUUGUGCCAAGCUCUGGGAACGGAGCGAACCAGGCUAUGGAGGACGCAACGUCGCUGGCCUCGUGCCUUCAGCUUGCGGGUAAAGACGACAUCCCGCUGGCACUGAGAGUUCAUAACCUGCUCCGGUUUGAGCGCGUGUCUUGUACGCAGAUCACCGGCUUUCAGGCUCAGAUCAACCGCAACAAUGUCGACAUUAACGCUCUCACGGCAAAGCCAGACCAGGUUGUUGGGAAAUGGGGCCGCUGGAUCUGGGCUCACGACCCAGAGCAGUAUGCGUACGACAACUACGAGAAGGCAAAGGCCCAUCUUGUGAGUGGUGCACCUUUCGAGAACACCAACAUCCCUGCCGGAUACAAGUUCAAACCAUGGAACAUUGACGAGUUGCUUGCCAUUGGGGACAGCGGCAAGCAGAUUGUUUUCGAAGGAGAUUGGAGCUAG